GAACCAUUUCUAUACCCUUUGUGUUUCGUGUUUUUCUCUCCAACCUAAAUCAAAUAAAAAAGAAAAAAACCAUGAAUCCACGCCUCUUCCCCGACCGUAAAAUCUCCGCCGCGUUCAUCGUGCUGGCCCUCAUCGGCACCGCCCUCUUCAUCUUCACCUUCAUCGGAAACACCACCACCACCAACCUCGUCUGCACCGGCACCUUCAACAACUUCCAUUCCACACAAUCCCCAAUCCAACUCCGCGCAAUCCUCCAUUACGCCACCUCAAAAAUCGUCCCCCAACAAUCUCUCGCCGAGAUUACAAUCUCCUUCAACGUUCUCAAAACAAUUUCCCCCUGUAACUUCCUCGUGUUCGGUCUAGGUCACGACUCGUUAAUGUGGGCCGCGUUUAACCCAGGUGGGUUAACCGUAUUCCUCGAAGAAGAUCCGAAAUGGGUCCACACGGUGCUCAAAACCGCUCCGGAUUUGAAAGCGGCGCACGUUAGCUACCGUACACAGCUUUCGGAAGCGGAUGAGUUGAUGAGAACGUAUAAGUCGGAGCCGGAGUGUGGGGUAACGGGGGUGACGAAGGCGUAUGUUAGAGGAAACAGGCGGUGUAAGUUAGCGUUGACGGGGUUGCCGGAUGUGGUGUAUGAUAAGGAGUGGGAUAUGAUUAUGAUUGAUGCGCCUAGGGGGUAUUUUAAGGAGGCGCCAGGUAGGAUGUCGGCGAUUUAUACGGCGGCGGUGAUGGCACGGAAUAGGAAGGGCUCCGGUGUGACGCAUGUGUUUUUGCACGAUGUUGAUCGGAGGGUGGAGAAGAGUUAUGCGGAGGAGUUUUUGUGUCGGAAGUAUUUGAAGGAUGGGACUGGACGGUUGUGGCAUUUUGAGAUCCCGCCGGCGAAUGGGACUGGUGCGUUUUGUUAGAUGGUGGAUUGAUGUGGGUUAGGUUGAUGUUUUGGUAUAAAACAUGGUGGUUUUGUUUUGUAUUUUGUUAAAGGAUAUUUACUAGAUAUGAUAUGAUCA